AGAGAGAGAGAGAGAGAGAGAGAGAGAGAGAGAGAGAGAGAGAGAGAGUAAUGCACCAUGCACCCACCCGCGGAUUGAUCUCACCAUUACGCACGAAGGAACACUUGGAAGAGGAGAGCGCGUUGAAUUUGGGAAAAUUAAAACCUCGUUCUUCUCACCCACGCACAGGAGGAUGGAAAAACGUUUUCAUUAAUAUUUAGCCAAGUCUACAAACUUGAUCUUGAGUGCAGACCAGAGUCCAGCUGCCAUUCAUCCUCACAGGAAUGGUGGAUCACUUGUCACUUGGUGAGGAGACCUUCCUGUACUGUACUGGCUUAUCGGCGCGUGACCACAGCAGCCUCUGUUGCGAUGCCAGCGAGGAACUGUCCCGGGGUGUCAUGGUGACCAACGCGUGCAUAUACAACCCCUACCAAGGGGUGUCCUCUUCACCGGGGCUGUCCGAGGAUGACCUUAGCAACUCCUCAAGCUCUCGAUCUUCGCUCUGCUCCAGCCCGGAGUCUCUGUCGCCCAAAUCCCACGCUCAUGUGAGCUCCGGCUAUGAAAGCAGGAGCUCUUCUGAAGGUGAGAGUCAAGACAGUCUGCUGGACCUCCUCCUCUCACAGGAAAUGACCAAUUCAGUAAGCUCCAACAUCAGCAACAACAGCUUGCUCUCCUCACCACCGUCAUCAUCUUCCACUGCCCCAUUUUUACCCAUGGGCCUCGCUUGGGAGUCAAAGAGGGACCAGCGGCUGGGUCUCCUCCAGCACCAAGCCAAAGAGGACAAUUGUGAGUUCCCCGUUUUCCUGGAUGAGCUGCAGGAUCCUGCUGCGCUCCUCUUCCAGCCCACUCUGGAAGAGAUUGAGGAAUUCUUGGAAGAGAACAUGAUGAUAGCGAUGGAGAAGGAAGACGAGGGGAGCGACGAUGCAAUGUCGCCGACGCCAGAGUUCUCGGAGGCCGAAAGGGCAAAGACAACAGCCAGAGAGGUCUUGCAGAACUCAGAUCAGACCGUACCCGUGGCUCGUUCUCCGCUGUCCUCCCACAGAGAGACCAAACAGACACUACAUGCACCUAGCAUGGACAAUUCAUCAACAGUCGAUGUGAGCUGUAUUAGUUCGAGUUUCACCUACAAUGAAGUCGAUGGACUCAAACAGGAAGACUGUGGAUCUCCAUCAGCCUCAGGGGAAAACACCAGUGCUGCUUCCGGUGUGCCCGUCAUCUUACAAAUCCAGCCCAUCCAGAUCAAACAAGAGCCUCAGCCCUGCACUGUCUCAGACGCUGAAAUGCAAGAAGCUAACGGGCAGAAGUCUCAACCAGCGCAAGGUCCAUCGGAUAUCAAGAUCGCCCAGCUCCUGGUCAACAUCCAGGGCCAAACCUUCGCCUUGGUGCCUCAGCUGCUUUCCCCAGCGAACAUUGCACUUGUGAAUAAAAAUUCCCCCAAAUUUGUACGGAUCGCACCAGUGCCCAUUGCUGCCAAACCCACUGGGCUUGGGGAAGGCGGCUUAGGUGGUGGAUCAACCACAGGGGUCCUCGCUGGAGGUCAGAGAUACCAGAAGAGUGCAGUGGCAGACCUUAUCAAAAUGCACAAGUGCUCUUUUCCGGGCUGUAAUAAGAUGUACACCAAAAGCAGCCACCUUAAAGCUCAUCUGAGGAGGCACACUGGAGAAAAACCUUUCGCCUGCACAUGGCCUGGUUGUGGAUGGAGGUUCUCCCGAUCUGAUGAGCUGUCCAGACACCGGCGGUCCCACUCCGGAGUCAAACCAUACCAGUGCAUCGUCUGUGAGAAGAAGUUUGCCCGCAGCGAUCACCUGUCAAAACACCUCAAAGUCCACCGCUUUCCACGAAGCAACAGGACAGGGCGCUCUGCAAACUGACCCCCUUGACCCCGCUCUGAAAGACUGACACGAAAAGCGAGCGGCAGGCGCAUUUGACGAAGGACGGAGGAGGACAUUGGGGGGGUAAAGGAGUUUGCGCAGGACUGGAAUGCGCAUGUGACAUACGUACUGUGAUCAUUUAAUGGGUCGCAAUGAAAUGACUGUAUAAAGAAAACAAAAAUGUUACUUGACACACAGUUCUCACAGAUGGAAUAAGCUUCUUGUACAGGACGACUUUAUUUUGUCUCACUGAGUUUUGGAACUAAUCAAAAUUGAAUCUCAUUCUGAUAUUCAGAGUAUUUUUAUGUAUUUUUUUGUCCAAAGAGCCUUAUACAGAAGUUGCAUGGUACUAAAAAAAGAAAUGCCUUUCAGAGCCGAAUGUUGCCAUACAGGAUCAAGAUACACAUUGGUUAUCAUAUUAUUUUGAUAUGCUGGACAUUUUAUUGAUGUGAAUAAUCGUGGCCUUGGUUCAAUUGGUCCCCUGCCAUGCAAACGGACUAUUCCAUAUUUGGUGUAUUCAAGCUUUGACCAGUGCUUCACAACUGAGCAUCUAAUUUUCAAGUUAAAACAAGUACUACAAUAUUGGUUUUGAAUCAUUUUUGUUCAAGACAGGCAAUACUACGACAAAGGCACACCUUGGAACCAAUUGUCUUCAAACUGCAAUUGCUUGUCUAUGUCAAAGCUACAACCCUACAGACAUGUUACGACUUUUGUCAUCUUUAAAGUCCACAUUAAGUGAAAGUAAAUGUCUUCUAAUUGACACACAACAGAGAACAGCGCUGUGAACAACAUCCAUCCAUUUUCGGGGGUCGCGGGCGUGCUGGAGCCUAUCUCAGCAGUCAUCGUGCAUGGAAAUUAUUUUUAAAAAAUGGCCAAAUGUAUCAAAUGAGGCUUCAAAAAAAAUUUGUUUAAUCAAGUCCUUGUUCUCUUUUGUUGAACCGUGUGAACCACUGAAUUCGUAUUAUGUCCACAGUUGAGCACUAUAUAGUUCUCAGUCUUUGCACUUUUCCAUCAAUUAUCCUCAAACAUGCAUCAUUUUGACACUCUACCAGACACAAAUGUCAAAGCUGGAACCCUAACAAUGUUUUUAAUAUUAUUUUACAGACAACUUUGCCAGUUGCUUUAAAUGUGUUUGUUUUUAUUAAUAUAGCAGUCAUAACUUCCUCCCCGUGUUGUCUUCAGAUUUUUCAUAUUGAUUCUGAAUAAUAUCAUUACUCAAAGGUAUUGUGGACAUGCUUUUGUUUUUGGCAGCAUAUCAAACCCUCCACCCUCUCAUCACGAAACUGGAAACCUAUUAAUUGUGAACUAUGUCUUCUUAGCAGUGUACUAGUUUGUCAUAGCUUUCAACUAGUUGUAUCAAAGCUGCUGCAGUCCAGCUCUUUGCUAAUCAUUGAAGGUUUGGCGGAGUAGACGAUGCGUCAACAUUCCUUUGCGCUUUGAAUAAGUUUCUUUGUUGAAUAGCAAGAAAAUAAAAAUAAAAAAGAACAUUGUAGACGAAUAAUGCUUCCCGCCAUGACACUGUGUAAUUUGCACCGGCAUGCAGGACAUUUUUGGUUGUCUGCCCUCCCCUAAAUAUUUUAAGAAUUGCCGUCUUGUGGUCGAUGUUGACUCAGAUCCCAGCAAUUCCUUGUUUGUCUCAUCUGGUCUCAUUGUCUGUUAUCUGACUCGUUGGCAUAUUUAUGGCAAGAGAAAUCAAAAGUAGGUGCUGGUUUAUCGUUUUAUGUUUCAGGAAACACAUUUUUAUUCUGUUUGUUAAAAGUGAGCCAUUUGUUAAAACUUUAUAUCCCUUUAAUUCAUGCUGUCAGUGAUGUGAAAGAAGUAGUCACACAACUUGCCAUUGGGCACAUUCUUCAGCGUGCCAAACAUCUUCUGUGACGGAAUCAAAUAUCUAUAUUAUUCCUUCUACUUAAAAACAGUUUAAUUUCAUGACAGAUUUAAUAUUUUAUAUUUCAAAUGAAAUAAAUGAUUUAUA